CCCAAAUCUCGCGAGAAUUUGCUCCAGUCUGUGUAGAGUGCAGACCGCUACAGUCAGUCCCGUCGUGCCCACCCGGUCUCAUCACCGGGCUGACGGACACACAGACAGAGAGAGAGAGAGAGAGGAGGGGGACACCGCACCAGGCAGCCGACAAAGAGGAGCUGACCGCCCGGCACCAUGGAGCUCAUCAGCCGGUUGCAGCUGGCAAGCAGGAAGUGGGUCCUUCCGUGAUAGAUGGUGACCAUGGAGCUGAGAUAACCUCUUGUCUUCACCAAUCACGGCUCUGGAUCUAGUAUAACCAUGGGAACCUGGCGGGGUCUACGAGUAGCGUUCAUCGUGGGGUCUUUGUUUAUGAUCCUGGUGAUCAUCGUUUACUGGGAUGACGUCAGGGGCUUCAACCUCUACCCGCUGCAGGACCCCAAACACUCUUAUUUUUACCCUCAGACGACGACUGCAGACCCUUCACAUUCUCCCUCCACCAGCAGAGCCAGGACCACUUCCUCCUCCGUAGUCCCCACCACCACCAGCAUAUCCAGCACGACACGUGUCCCCGAGGACACAGGAGGAACAGCUGAAAAGGAGGAGGAGAAAGACAAGAAGAAGGGAAAGGAAACACAAGAGAAGCGGAAGGAGGAAACAAGGGAGGAUGAGGAGAAGGAGACAAGUCGUGCUUCAGUCGACAAGAGGGAGCAGGAGGCGAGGAAGCAGAGCAUCAUGGAUGUGUGUUCAGGAAAGGACACAAUGGAAUUUCCUGGAAGAACUCGGGCGUUUGAGCAGAUCCCCAACAGGGAGCUGGAUCACCUGAUAGUGGAUGACACACACCAGAUUAUCUACUGCUACGUUCCCAAGGUAGCUUGCACCAACUGGAAGAGAGUGAUGGUGGUUCUGUCUCAGUCUCUGAUCUCGCCCUCCUCAGGAAAACCUUACACUGACCCAGAGGCUGUACCUCCUGACCUCGUACACAACUCCUCUCUGCACCUCACCUUUGCCAAGUUUUGGCGCCAUUAUGGUUCUUUGUCCCGCCACCUGAUGGCACUCAAGCUCCAGCACUACACCAAGUUUCUGUUUGUACGAGACCCUUUUGUACGUCUCAUCUCUGCCUUCAGGAACAAGUUUGGAAGACCCAACGAGGACUUCUACCGGCAGUUUGGUUCAGUCAUGCUGCGUCGUUAUGGUAACGUGUCUGGGAGUUUGCCAGAAACUGCAGCAGAGGCGUUUGCAGCAGGAAUCAAACCGACCUUUCAGCAGUUUAUCACAUAUCUGCUGGAUCCAGAGACUGAGAAGGAGAGUAUCUUCAAUGAACACUGGCGGCAGGUUUACCGUCUGUGCCAUCCAUGCCAGGUGAAGUAUGACUUCAUUGGGCGAUUAGAAACCCUGGAAACAGAUGCUGAGCACCUGCUGAAGCUUCUGAAAGUGGAUCAUCUCCUCCGCUUCCCGUCUGGGGCUCGAAACCGAACUGCAGCCAGCUGGGAAAGGGACUGGUUUGCACAGAUUCCCAUUACAAUGAGGAAAGAACUGUAUGAGCUGUAUAAACCAGACUUUGAGCUGUUUGGUUAUCCCAAACCUGACAGCGUGCUCCACCAGUAGAUCUAAAAGAGCCAAAGGCCUGGGCGCUGCACUGUGUGUAGAGCCCACACCUCACCUACCUACGCACAGCCAGUAUAUGCCUUUAAAAGAUGUUGCUGUCUGUUUCAUUUGUUUGUGCAUACCUCAAACGACAGAAGUGCCUGCCAGUAUUAUUUUAUUCUGUGCUUCAACCUGUCUCUGUUUGUCAUUCUUUCAUUUCUGAAGCACACUCAUGUACAAGGUACUUAAUCACAGUCUCUUUGCCUCAUGUUAAAGCACUUUGAGCAGUAUUUUGACAAGUCAUGGGGGAAGGACUGGAGCUAAGUGUUGGCUGACAUUUCUGAAGGGACAUAUUUUGCAGAGGAAUAAAAUGUUUUUAUAAGUG